AUGAAAGCUGUGUAUUAUUUUGUUAUAUCCUUCGUAGCUAUUGAUCUACCACUAACAUUACUGUUAUUCGGCUUUUAUUCAACGAGCUGGUUUUUCCGUUUGGAUCUCAUCGCAGAGCAAUUCAUCAGAGUAACAUACUUGUCCAGUCCUCUUGAAUUUGUGGUGCUGGCUGCUCUCCGUGGAAUGCUUCUUAUAGCUGUAAGCAUUAAUCUGUGGUUCUAUGGUGGCAUAAGAAAUUUAAAAGUUCAUAGUCUUGGUAUCGCCACAGUUAUUUAUUCGUAUUCUCUUGUGAAAUUGUUGUGCUUCGCCGAAUACCCGGAAAUGCUCAUGUAUCCUGGUGUUUGGAUGACCAUUACAUGGUCAAUUCUUGCCUCUGGGAUGUUUUUCGUGCUGUGCUGUCACCUGAGCGCUCCUCUAUUGCUCGAAUAUGGACGUUUAGACGAAAGAGAAGAGAACAGUUCUGAAAACCAAACUCGUGAAAGCACAUGGAGAAUAACUAAGCUUCUUCUUGGUUACUGUCGCGCUCAAUGGAAAUGGUUUUGUGCUGGAUUGGUAUUCCUUACGCUUUACGCCCUCUCGCGUGUUUUCAUACCAGCGUAUACUGGACGAGUUAUAGCUGAUAUCGCCUUAGGCGGUGGUAUGCGUGCAUUGGUCCGUUCGGUGGCUCUAAUGAGUCUUCUGGCGUUAAGCAGCACCAUAUUCGGCGGCCUUCGAGGUGGCACCUUUGCGUAUGCUACAGCCCUGGUUUCAAGGCAAAUAAGAUUGGAUCUGUUCCGAUCGUUGGUAAAGCAAGAGAUCGCCUUUUUCGACACUACAAAAUCUGGAGAGACUGUUUCACGUAUUUCGUCCGAUUGCCAGGUUAUGGCAACAACCGUUUCAACGCAUGUUAAUGUCUUCUUAAGGAAUAUGGUAAUGUUCGUAGGAUCCCUCUGCGUGAUGAGCUAUCUUUCGUGGAGGCUGACUACAGUUACCAUGAUCGCACUUCCUUUCACUGGUUUCAUAACAAAGUGGUAUGGAAGUUACUACGAUAAACUAUCCGAAGAAACGCAGACAACCAUAGCAAAAGCGAAUGCUAAAGCAGAGGAAGUGCUGGGCACCAUGAAAACAGUUAGGUCUUUCGCUUGUGAAAUGUUUGAGGUGAAAGCAUUUGAAGACAACUUAGACGCUACUUUGAAAAUGAACAAGAAGAAAUCGCUGGCUUACAUGGGUUACACAUGGAAUAACGAGUUUAGUGAGAAUGCCAUUUUGUUGGCUGUCCUUUCCUAUGGAGGACAUUUAGUAAUGUCGGAAAACCUGACAGCUGACAGUCUAAUCACCUUCCUUCUGUACCAGAUUCAGUUGGACGAGAACGUCUACUGGCUAGGUUUCGUCAUUGCUGGCAUAAUGGACUGCGUUGGCGCGUCCAGAAAGGUCUUCGCGUACAUGUAUCGUAAACCAGCAAUGGCUUUUGACGGAAACCAAAGACCUAUUCUACAAGGGACGAUAUGCUUCGAAGAUGUGUACUUUACUUACCCAUCUCGUCCUAAUAAUCCGAUCUUGAAAGGUUUUAAUCUCACUAUCAAAGCUGGUACGACUGUGGCUUUAGUGGGUCCAAGUGGUGGCGGAAAGUCUUCAAUUGUCUCGCUCAUACAACGCAUGUAUGAUCCUGAGAGCGGAUCGAUAACAAUCGAUGGGAUUCCAAUUCAAAACGUCGAUCAUGAGUACUACCAUGAACGGGUAGCGCUCGUAGCGCAAGAGCCUGUACUCUACAAUGGAACCGUUCGAGAAAAUAUCCUCUACGGUUGCGAAUGGGCGACUGAAGAGGAUAUGCUGGAGGCGGCCCAGAAAGCAAAUGUGCACGAUUUUGUGAUGGAAUUGGAGAAAGAAUAUGACACGCAAUGUGGCGACAAAGGUGUGCACAUGUCUGGAGGUCAAAAACAGCGAAUUGCUAUUGCGCGGGCAAUGGUGCGAAACCCAUGUGUUUUGAUACUAGACGAAGCUACAAGUGCUCUGGAUUCAGAAUCAGAGGCACAAAUACAAGAAGCAAUCAAUAGGUGCGCAGGAAAACGAACCGUACUCAUAGUUGCCCAUCGUCUCUCAACAGUUGAAAAAGCUGAUUUGAUAGCGGUCAUACAGAAAGGGAGUGUUGUACAGAUAGGAACGCACUCAACACUGAUGAACGACAAUGAUGGUCUCUACCGUUCAUUAAUCCCAAAACAGCUAUUCACCUCAGUGAGUCAAACUGCAACAAAUUGA